CGACAUCAAUUGAUUAUCUCAAUACGAUAAAAAAAUAUUCAGCAAUAAAAACAAGAUCCUAUACAGUUAGUUUUAGUGAUCAACAUGGAGCUCUUCAUUCUAUUAAGUUUGUUUGUAUCAUUGUGUGCUGGUGGCCCAACACCUAGUUCAGACUAUAUUCCAAUUAUACCCGGAGACAACAGUCAUUACGUAGAGGGAGUGAGCCGGUAUGUGUGGAUACCGGAUGGAGAAGAUGUACCACAUCUAGUCGAUCUUCGCGCGCAAACUGAAAAUUUUGACUCCAAAAGUGGUGCUCAAAACGAAUACUGGCUUUAUACUAGGCGUAAUCCCCAGAAUCACCAGCUUUUAAGACACAACAAUGCAAAUUCCAUACGAAACUCUAACUACAACCCAAAUCUACCAACAGCUGUUAUUGCACACGGGUGGAACGGUGACGGAAAUUCCAAGGUGAACACCUAUGUGCGGGAUGCACUUCUUCACAUUGGUGAUUACAAUGUCAUUUCUCUGGACUGGCGUAGAGGUGCAAAUGGAUUGUAUUCAUCAAGUGUACGUGCGGUUCCUGACGCUGGUGAACACCUCGCUUUCUUUUUAAGCUGGUUGAUCUCGAAUUUUGGUGGUAAUUGGAAUAACGUCCACCUAAUUGGCUACAGCUUGGGAGCUCAUGUCGUUGGGAAUGCUGGUCGUACACUCGGCAGACGGGUGGCACGAAUUUCUGGUCUGGACCCGGCUGGACCACAAUUUGGUAGAAACCCGCAAGCCUUAAACGCACAGGACGCUACCUAUGUAGAGUGCAUACAUACUGAUGGUGGUACGAUGGGUAUUUUCGACCCUAUAUGCCAGGCUAACUUCUACCCAAAUGGCGGCAACAACCCACAGCCUGGUUGUUGGAUUAACACUUGUUCUCACAGCCGCAGCUAUCAACUAUAUGCUGCAACGGUACGAUACGACCGCUUUAACGGUAGACGAUGUGCAAAUCUUGAUGAAGCUCGCAGAAAUAGAUGUGGUGGUGCCCAAAUGCGUAUGGGCAACGCUAAUUUGAAUAAAAGAGGAUCGGGACUGUACGGACUAUCGACCGGAGGCGAAUGGCCGUUCUAAAAACCUAGAACUGAACACAAUUUUUUUAUAUCUAUGGAUCCUAUAGAAAAACUUACUUUCUAACCAUAAAGAUCUGUAUUUUAUUUAUAUAAUAAACCUUGUAUUAUUA